AUGGCCUCAAAGCGGGAGCAAGAGCAGGAAAGAAAACGAGUCAAAAACCUUCAGGAACGGCUUAAGCGACGAAAAGACCGUCUUACCCAGGGUCUUCACGACUACGCUCUCUUGGCCGACGCCAAGGUAUAUAUGCUCAUCCAGGACCGCCGAGGUGGCAUAACGGAGUACAGAAGCACCCCAGACCGAAAAUUUCCGCCGACAUAUGCACAGAUUAGGCGACUCUUCCCAUCAGCCAGCCUCUUGACGCCUGAGAGCUUCGGGGUUGCUGUCAGUCAACCAGCAAAAAAUGAUCAGUCUAACAAGCCUAUCGAGCACUUUCUGGGCCCGACUGUGGAGGCGUUUGCAGACGGCCGAGCGAUGAUUGGAGAGACCUCCGCUCCGAGCAAUAACCUUGCUCAUGUCCUGCCGGAACCAACUCUACAAGUGGGACCCACAUCGAUGCCACUGCUCACGGAGACCGAUGUGCAGUCCUACUUCACUUAUACAGAAUGCUGA